AUGCCAACGAUGCCAACGUACCUGCACCGUACGGCCUUGAGUUCCAGCUGGCGCUUUUUACGGCAGGUCAGCAGUGAGACGCAGCCGCAGCUUGCAUGGGUACCGCCAUCUGCGGAAGAUCAAAGUCGCUCACGUGAACGUCAUCCAAAAGGAGCUGACCGUUCGAAACUUACGAACUCUCUGGAUGUGCGGCCUCCCAUGACAGGGCCGACAGGGCGCUCCAUGGGGCGCGUGCCUCGCAUCACCAGGGAAGCAGAAGAGUUGGUAGCACAGCUGAUGCCCACAGAGGAGCAGCUGCGGCAUCGUGACGACACAGUGCAAGAACUGCGGCGCCAUGUGCAGGUGGCCAUUCCUGGCUGCGAUCUUGUGCCUUUUGGGUCUGCUGCUACAGGUCUUUGGCUUCCAGACCGCGAUGUCGAUUUGAGCUUGCAGGUUCCUGGCUUGCAAGGGCGGAUUGAAACUAAGAAGGCGCUACAUCGGGUUGCAUCAACAAUCUACUCGUUUUCGGGCGAGAAGCCAGAAAACCGCUUGUCUGCAAAGAUGCCAUUGCUGAGAUGGAUUCCAGAGUAUGGUGUGUCACCUUCCUUUGACGUCACCGUCAACAACGAUUUAGCGAUCGAAAAUUCAAGGCUGGUGGCCGCCUACCUGUCAGCUGAGCCGCAGCUGAAACCGCUCGUGUUGGUGGUCAAGACCUGGGCAUCUGCGCGGAAGAUCAAUGACCGGAGCAAAGGAACUCUCUCGUCAUUUGCUCUCACCCUCAUGGCUGUGAGUCUUUUGCAGAGGAGGGGCCGUCUACCAUCACUGCAAGAUCUGGCCAUCCUCCAGGGUGAGCUGCGGGAGGUGCAGAACGUGGACUGUCGCUUUUGCAGCGAUCAAAGGAUAAUCGAGGCUGAGAAGUUGAAGUUGGCUGAUGCUGAGUCUGCCGGCACUGCAAAUUUGGGCGCCAAAUUGCUGGACUUCUUCAAUUUUUUUGGUGAUGAGUACAAGGGCGGUGUGAUCAGUGUGCGCAGUGCUGCUGGAAAAGAACCUUCCUGGGCCUCUGGAAAGUUUCUUUUCAUCGAAAACCCCUUUGAGCCAGGCAAAGAUGUUGCAAAUGUUGAGGUUGGUCAACAUCUUCGUGUGCGGGAGGAGUUUCGAAAAGCAUACAGCCACUUGCGCAAAGGCAAGUCUGUCGAGGAGGGUUGCCGUUGUGGGGACGAUUGUUCAGCUGCAGGUCGAUGUCGCAAGCUCUGUGGCAGGAGCUUUGCCGCCGGCCAUCCGGGCCAUCCAUGGAGGAUUCUGAUGACCAUUGGUACCCAGAGGAAUGGCAGCAAAAGUGCGUCUGCAAUGUGCUGUGUCGACGGUGGAAGUGAAGCUGGCUCCGUAUAUUCCGUUGGUGGCUUAGAGAAGGCCCUUUUGGAUUUGGUGUUCUCGCCGCGGGAUCCGCAAGAGAGCGAUGAAGACCAGGUCGAGUAUGAAGAGACCAAAGCAAGAUUUGAUACCCUCUGCGAAAAAGCGAGUCAAAUCUACAAGGUUCACGAAGAGCGUGCAGAACAACGAAUGUGGCGUGCCAUGCAGCAGUUGCCAGAAGACUUGUACAACGAGGCCGUUGCCUCGAAGCCCGAGAAGGUGCCAGAAGAGCUUCUCUUCCACAACCGAUAUCGUGGAGAGAUUUUCCGAGUCUUGGUAGCAAUUUACGUAGAUGCUUCUGCAGCUGAUGACGAUGACCUCAUGAGCCAGGGUUCCAGGCCCUGGAGCGAAGCCACCUUCGGUGGUGGCACCUCCUUCGAGGUGGCCACGUCCGCCACGCAACCGCCCACAGAGCCGCCCGCGCUGCCGGCGCCGGAACCCUGGCCUUUUGUGCCCAGGCCAUCACCAAUGUUGGCGCCCGAAGAAGAGCUAGAUGAUCUUCAGGUUGGCACUGGGAAAAGGAAGAAGAAAAGGCUCCGCCUGAAAAAAAGGACGCCGGAAGCUACUUCGCCGCAAAGCGAAGCUGUGGAAGAAACAAAGGAAAGUCAGGAGCAAGAACCGCGACCUGAGAUAGACCUCAGAUCCAUUCUGCAGAGUCAGGUGGCAGAAAUUGAAGCCGCAAAGCACAGGUUGGAGGUGGCUUGCAGAGAUGAGUUGGACCGUCUUCAGCAUCUGCUUGAACAUGCUGCAGAAAGCCUGGGGCAAAGCUUGUCUCUGGAUCAUGUGGUGCCCGUGGUGCCCGUGGUGCCCGUGGUGCCCGUGGUGCCCGUGGUGCCCGUGGUGCCCGUGGUGCCCGUGGUUCCUGAAAGCUGUGCGCUAUCUGCUGACUUCUCCACCUUGGAGGAAACGCCGGAUGCCAAGUGCUUUGGCAGCCCGGCUGGUGCUGCCUGGAGUCCCAUCCAGGUGGUGAUCUCUCCGCAAAGCCAGGGGAAAGAUGUGGUGAGAUCCCCUGAAGCUGCAAUGGCCAGCAAGCAUCGCGAGUGGUCUCAACGCUUCCUGCGCUCUGGCAUCUAUGCCGUGUUUGCCCAGUUGGUCACGUUGCUGAGUAUGGUGGUUAUGUGGCUGGACACUGAAUUCGCAGCGAUGCCCUUGGAGCUGGAGACCCAACCAGCGUGGCUGAUCGCAGUCAGGGUGCUCAACUGGAUCUGCACAGCAUGCUUCACAGUGGAGUUGGCAUUGCGCAUUAAAGCCGCGUCCACAUGCAAAGAAAUGUGGGGUAGCAGCAGAUUGUGGAAUCUGUAUGAUGCAUUAAUUGUCUCACUAGCCUGGGCGGAUGAGAUUUACAUCCUCGCAAUGUCAAGUGAGUUGCAGAUCUUGCGGGUCGCGCGAGUACUUCGAGUUGUGAGGCUCUUUCGAUUCUGCCAACACCUCGAGGGCUGGGCCUUGGCCCUCAUGGACUCGUUGCACGCUCUGUUGUGGUCUGUAGCAGUCAUGGCUCUGGUGCUCUUCAGUGCAUCCAUUUGCCUGACCUCCAACUGUGCUGAUUGGGUCAAGGACCAGAUUGAUUCGGCCAACCCCGGCUGGACAGAUUUACUGGAAAAAAGGGACCCUGUCUUGCUGAACGAUCCAAAAACGGCCGAGCUCGUGAUGAAUAUCUGGGCAUGGUUUGGAUCACUACCUCGCUGCAGCUACACCCUGCUGCGCUGUUGGGGAAGCUGCGAGGCCGAAAGCCAGGCCUUGCUUCAAGUUGGAUUCUUUGCUGCAGCUGCCUUCCAGCUGUACUUCCUGACCAUGGUGGUGGUGGUUCUCAAUGUCAUGGUUGGUCUGGUUGUGGAAGCCAUCCUGGACUCUUCAAGCAGAGAUGACAGACGCGAUAUUUCCAGCUGA